CUUCUUAUCUUUUUUCUUUUGCUUUUGAAUUCUCAGUUCCUGCUUCUCUUUUGCUCAACAUCCUCUUAUUCUUCGUUUAAAUCAGGAGGUUCUUUUCUUGACUUCUCCUUACUUCAACUAUACUAUAGAUUUAUCGACUUAUCCGUCAUAAAUUAUACCUUUAGCAUUACUAAUACUAUUUUCAACUAUAUCCUUCCAACUAAUUUCCUUCAACUAAUUUCUUCCAACUUUUCGAAUUAUCCUUCUUUAAUCUUGCCUGAUUCCCACCAUGUUUGUCUAUAAACGAAAUGGAUCAAAAGAACGCGUUCGUUUUGAUAAAAUUACUGCCAGAGUAUCGAGGCUCUGUUAUGGUUUGGAUGCCAACCAUGUUGAUGCUGUUAAAAUAACCCAGAGAGUUAUUUCUGGUGUUUAUAAUGGUGUCACUACCGUUGAAUUAGACAACUUGGCUGCUGAAACAGCUGCCUAUUUGACCACUGUUCAUCCUGAUUAUGCUAUUUUGGCUGCUAGAAUUGCUAUAUCAAAUUUGCACAAGCAAACUGUGAAAAGAUUUUCUCAAGUUAUUUCAGACUUAUAUUAUUAUAUUGAUCCAAAAACAAACCUAAAUGCUUCUAUGAUCUCAAAGGACACUUAUGAUAUUGUUAUGGCCAAUGCUGAUGAGUUGGAUUCUUCCAUUGUUUAUGACAGAGAUUUCAAUUACAACUAUUUUGGUUUCAAAACUUUAGAAAGAUCCUAUCUCUUAAGGAUUAACGGUCAGGUUGCAGAAAGACCCCAACAUCUUAUAAUGAGAGUGUCUAUUGGUAUCCAUGGUGAUAACAUUGAAAAGGUUUUAGAAACUUAUAACUAUAUGUCCCUAAAAUACUUUACACAUGCCUCGCCCACCUUAUUCAACGCAGGUACUCCAAGACCUCAAAUGUCUUCAUGUUUUCUUGUUGCUAUGAAAGACGAUUCUAUUGAUGGUAUCUUCAACACUUUAUCUCAAAUGGCUGUAAUUUCAAAGUACGCUGGUGGGAUUGGUUUACAUAUUCACAACAUCAGAUCCACUGGGUCAUACAUCGCUGGCACUAAUGGUACUUCAAAUGGUAUCAUUCCCAUGUUAAGAGUUUAUAACAUGACUGCUAGAUAUGUUGAUCAAGGUGGAAAUAAAAGACCUGGUGCUUUUGCUAUUUAUCUUGAACCUUGGCACUCUGAUAUCUUCGAAUUCAUCGACAUUAGAAAAAAUCAUGGAAAAGAAGAAAUUAGAGCAAGAGAUCUAUUUCCUGCUUUAUGGAUUCCUGACUUGUUCAUGAAAAGAGUCGAAAAAAAUCAAGACUGGUCGCUAUUUUCUCCAAAUGAAGCUCUUGGAUUGAGUGAUUGUUAUGGCGACGAAUUCGAAAAACUAUAUGAAUCAUAUGAAAAACAAGGUAAGACAAGAAAAGUUGUCAAAGCCCAGAAAUUAUGGGCUGCCAUUUUAGAUGCCCAAACUGAAACCGGUACUCCAUUUAUGGUUUAUAAAGACAGUUGUAACGCAAAAAGCAAUCAAAAAAAUCUUGGUGUUAUUAAAUCAUCCAACCUUUGCUGUGAAAUUGUCGAAUAUUCUGAUCCUGAUGAAGUAGCAGUUUGUAAUUUAGCAUCAAUUGCUUUGCCUGCUUUUAUUUCUCAAGAUGAUAGUAAUUCCUGGUAUGACUUUGGAAAGCUACAUGAAAUUGCUAAAGUUCUUACUAAAAAUCUUAACAAAGUUAUUGAUAGAAACUAUUAUCCUGUCCCAGAAGCUGAAAAAUCAAAUCUUAGACAUAGACCAAUUGCUCUUGGUGUCCAGGGUUUAGCGGAUACUUUUAUGAUAUUAAGAAUGCCUUUUGAUUCACCUGAAGCCAAAAAGUUAAAUAUCCAGAUUUUUGAAACAAUAUAUCAUGCUGCUGUUGAGGCCUCGACCGAACUUGCUGCAAUUGAUGGUCCUUAUGAAACCUUUGAGGGUUCUCCUACAUCAAAGGGUCUUUUGCAGUUUGAUUUGUGGGGAAGAAAACCCACUCAAUUAUGGGACUUUGAUGAACUAAAACAAAAGAUUAAAAAAUUUGGUUUGCGUAAUUCAUUGUUAGUUGCUCCAAUGCCAACAGCUUCCACUUCUCAAAUUCUUGGAUACAAUGAGUGCUUUGAGCCUUACACCUCAAACAUUUACUCUCGUCGUGUUUUGGCCGGUGAAUUUCAAAUUGUCAAUCCCUAUCUCUUGAAGGAUUUGGUAGCUAUGGGCAUCUGGUCAAAUGCUAUGAAGGAGUCAAUUAUUGCCAAUAACGGUUCCAUUCAGCAUCUUCCCAACAUUCCUCAAAAACUCAAAGACUUGUACAAGACUGUGUGGGAAUUAUCCCAAAAGACCAUCAUUGAUAUGGCUGCUGAUAGAUCUCCAUUUAUUGAUCAAUCUCAGUCUCUAAACAUACACAUAAUGGCUCCAACAAUGGGGAAAUUGACAAGCAUGCACUUCUACGGCUGGAAAAAAGGAUUGAAAACAGGAAUGUACUAUUUGAGAACACAAGCUGCCUCUGCUGCCAUUCAGUUUACCAUUGACGAGAAGGAAGCUGCCACUGCUGGCGAUAUCCAGGCUCAGUUGCACAAAUUGAAAUUCAAAAAGUACGUUGAGAAGUUUGAAUCCCAGGGCCCUACUAAAAGCAUGGCAAUUAGCGAGCCUGCUUUUUUUGCAUCUGCACCAGCUGCUGAAUUGGAAAAAGAUGUUUCAAAUUUGUCUGUGUCUGGGAGUGUUUCCACCACAAACGAGAGCCUGGCAGCUUCUCCAGCUUCCAGUGAGUCGACCAGAACUGGCAAAGACACAGAAGUCAACAUCUAUAACUCGAAAGUCAUUGCUUGCUCAAUCAACAAUCCCGAAGCUUGUGAAAUGUGUUCUGGUUGAUACUGGUGAAUUUUGAGUUUUAAAUAGUUGUGAAGUCUUUCUGUUUUCAUGUUUUUAUUUUCAAUCCUUAAUAUAGAUAUCCACAUUUAUAAAUAACAUACUUUAUUUCUAUUCAACUAUAAAAAAAUACUAUACACUAAAAAAACAAAUUAAGCAUUAAUAAUUAGUAAAAG